CAAGAUGCCGUAGUUUGGAUUCCGGAAGCAUAGUGGCUGUCAUUUAAACAAACAUAAUGUAUGCAACAUUUCGAUGAGGAGGACAUUACCUGCAGUCAUGUCGUUACAGUGCUCACUUUGACAUAUGUGCAAGGAGUGCUAUUUAUUCUUUUGACAGCUAAAGAGACGAUAUUAAAACGUUAAUUGAGUUAGCUAACCGCGAACGAACGGUCAGCAGGGAGGCUAUGGGUUGAUUUUGAACGGUGUUUUCAAGAGGCAUUGUCCUCCAUUUGCAAACCUGGGCAAGUCUAGAGAAGGUGACUGGAAAUCGACUGUCAAAGGUUUCAGCUGCAUUUGGAUAAGUGUUUGUUCAAGUCAGCCAUGGCUCACGAGGAAGAGGAAGAGGAGCUGACAGUCGAUGGACCCAAGGAGGUGGACAUGUUUACAUCAGUACGUUGCCUGGGUUACCUGUCCAGCGUCAACCUCCUUGUGGCGGUUUGCGUUGGCAUGUACGUACGCUGGGAGGUAACAAGUGAACCAAUGAUUCUGGUCAUCUUUAUCCUGGGCCUCUUUGUCCUCGGGAUAGCCAGCAUUCUUUAUUACUACUUUGCUAUGGAGAAAGCCAGUCUCAGCUUGUUCCAUUUGUGGUUUGGCUUUCUACUUGGUCUUCUGUGCUUCCUCAAUAGCCCUGCCUUGGACUCAAAUGUCAAGGAACUGGUCACCAACUAUCUCCUACUAGCCAGUGUAAUCAUGAAAACAGUAUGGGCUAUAACUGAGCGAAUAUGCAGCUCCAUCCGUUACAAAUCCACUUUGUUAACAUCAACUGAGCUGCUGGAGCUCCUGGGAUUUGGCAUUGCCAGCACCACCAUGCCUCUUCACAAGUCAGUGGCCAUCAUUGGCUUGGUAGUGGCCCUGGGGGCUCUCAUUGUGGACCUUAGGAUGAAAUCCCUCCUGGCUCUGCUCAACCUAGUCAGUUUUGCCUUGAUUACGUCUCUUGUGUUUUUCCAGGCCUUAGGCAUCACAGCUAACCCUUAUGCCUUAGGCUGUUACCUGGGCAGGCUACUGUGUGAGCCUGUGUUGGAUGUGUACUUCAGUGGGCUGGGGCCCAGUGACCGCUGGAUGCCAGUGCUCUCUCUGGGGAAGGUGUGGAGGAGGUUGUCCCUGCUGCCUCUGAGUGUGACUGAGCUGGCCUUCUUUGUCCUGGCUGCCUUAAAGCUGAGCCACUUGGAGCUGUGGUAUCUGGUGAUUCCAGGCUUCUGCCUGUUUGGCCUUUUCUGGUCCAUCUGCCACAUAAUUCUGCUUAUCACAAUUUGGGGGUUUCACACCAAGCUAAGUGAGUGUCAGAAGGCCUGGCGGGCCCAGCGGUCCAGUAGCCGUAGUCUGGACCAAGUCAUGGCCUCCAGGGGCAUCCGACACUUCUGCCUCAUUUCGGAACGUCUGGUGUUCUUUAGUCUGCUGUCAACAGUCAUAUUGGGGGCUGUGUCCUGGCAGCCCUCCAAUGGUCUCUUUCUAAGUGCUCUGCUGGUGGUGCUGCCUUUAGAGUCUCUAGCCCAUGGCUUGUUCCACGAGUUGGGCAGCUGCCUGGGGGGAACAUGUGUCGGCUAUGCCCUGGUCAUACCAACUGCUUACUGCAGUGCUGAUGGCCAGCCCACUCUCUUACCACCUGAUCACGUGCAGCAGUUGAACCAGCGUUCUACAGGUAUGCUUAACAGUGUGCAGCGCCUCUUCUCCCACCACAUGAUCCAGACGUUCGGCUGUGACUACUCAACCAGCGGUGUUACCCUGGAGGCCGUGCAAACCAAGCUGCGAGACUUUCUGGAGCGUCGAACUGCAGACGGGCCCCGUCAUGAUACCUAUCUGAUUUUCUACAGUGGGCACACACAGAAAGGCACCGGGGCAUGGACUCUGGCAGGAGGUGAGAGUCUCCAACUGGCCCAGUUACUGGAGUUGUGGAAAGAGAAGAACACCGGCCACUGCUCCCGUCUCAUCCUCGUCCUGGAUACGGCGAACUCCCUCCCCUGGGUCAAGGAGGUACGCAGGGUGGAGGGGAUUUACAUAGCUGUUCAGGGGGCUGAGCUGUCUGCCACCGGGGUUGAUCCAGAGGCUGGAGACUUCCCCUUCUUAGGGGACUUCACUUCUGAAUGGGUGGAGUUUAACUGUAACCCAGACAGCGACACCCAGUGGUCAGAAAAAGGGAGGACUGUGACGGCUGUCUACGGUGUGUCCAAACGCUGGAGCGACUACACACUUCACCUGCCCACUGGAAGUGAUGUUGCCAAGCAUUGGAAGACCCACUUUCCCAAGGUCACAUAUCCCAUGGUGCACCUGGCCAACUGGUGCUGUGGUCUUAACCUGUUCUGGUUAUGUAGCAUGUGUCUGCGCUGCUUCAGGAGGUGUAAACUAGUUUGGUUCCCACCUGCUGUACUGGAUACUGGGCAGGGCAUUAAACUGGUGCAUUCAUAGGUAACAUGGGAAGUUGUAAUGUUCAUUUUCACUCUGGCAGUUUUUGUUUUAACAGUUGGAGUGUGCUGGGUACAAGGUGUUUGUAUAAAGGAAUAAAGAAUACCCCAUGAAUAGAACAGUUGAAAAUUUCGUGUUAGGUCAGAGAGGUUUUCCAGCUCCUCACAAAUUUAUUUUUGCAUCUUGAUGUGAUGCAGAAUUUCAUAGCAAAACUCUGACUUAUUAUUAUAUUGGAACCCCCGAACAAGGCAGUGAGAAGCCAAAUAAAAUAACCAUUUGCAUGCUGUAUAUGAUGAGCUCAAAAAUGAGAAACCACAUUUAGACUGGGUAAAACCCUACUGAGUACAGUUCCAUUAUUAUGGUUUCCUCAUGUAUGAUGUAUUAAAAAGACCAAAUUGUGUGUUCUUUGUAUAGAUUUAUCAUAUUUCAGGACAUUGUGUUAUAUGUUUUUGAGUACUAUUUUGCCUUUGGAAAUUCUAUUUUUACGUGUAAUUUUUCAAAAUAUUAUUGUGCCUCUUAAGUGCCUUAAAGAUAGAUUUGUGGUCAUGUUUAAAAUAGUUGCCUCAUCAUUUUAUAUGUAUGUGUAUAGAUAUCCUUGUCUUGCCUCUUAUUUAUAUUCACAGGAUUUAGCAGACAGUCUUAACUUAAACUGUGUGAGCCGUUAGGGGUUCAGUGUCUUCCUAAAGCCGUUGGACAGGAUGGACAAAAUGCCUGUUGCAGGGCUGAACUCAGUGACCAUCUGGCUACAGGAAAGUCAAACCACGAGGCCAACCUGCCACUCUUGCUGUGAGAUCCUUUCCUUUUCACUUUCACACUGUUUAAAUUUGCAUGUAUUUCAGCACUGAACAAAGACAGAUACAUUGGCUGUGACUCAGUAUAUCAUCACCAGACAAUGGCUCUCUAUUGUGCCUUUACUUGUUUAUUUACACAAACUAAUUAAUCUUCAAGGAGUCAUUUGCUCUUUACAAACACAGUACAUUCAAGUUUUCUAGCUGUUGCCCUUGCCAUGCUGGGAAACAGUGACUUCUCAUGCAUAGCAACAAUUCCAAGUUCCAAGUGCUUUUAUUGUUGCACUGACCGCAAGAACUCAUACUGACCAUCCUUUAUUUCCUACUUUAUUUGCUUUGUUUGAUCUCUCUCCCACACAGCUCUAAACUAUGGAGUGGAUUGUUGCCUUAAAUAGUGUGUUUCCUUGUGACAUUUUUUUUUUCAAAGAGGUCAAGUGGUUUUUUCCAUAUGUCAUUUCUCAUGUACCUCACCUCAGUUCUGUCUUAAAAUGUCCAAAUUAAACUUGGAUGAUAAACUGAAUUAACAUUGCUGUCUGUUGUAGAUGUUUGAGAAAUGUAUGAAAAGAAUACAAACACAUAAGAGUUUGAUUAAAUGGAAAUAAUAUAAGAGAAAAACAUGAGGUGAGAAUAGAACAGAGGAGAAAAUAAGACAUGGUGUUAGACAACCGGCAAGGCUCAUUUAGCAUGGUUGGCAUUAAAGACACUGAGUAAAUACAGACACUUCUGUGUGGAUACUCUAGCAUUGCCUGGCAAAUAUUAGGAUUGUGCUGGAGGAAUAUGAGAGAUUGCAAAGGGGAAAAUGAAACAAUACAUGACAGAGUAACUCUGAGGGAUUUACUCACAGAGCUUUCACCUCUGUUAGUCCCAGUGCCUGGCUGGACAUGUGUCCAUGGCACUGCUGGGUAUUUUACUGGUCUCAGAGAGCAGGGCUGUAGCCUGGCUCAUACCUGAAGGGCACUAUUAGGCACAGAGCAGGGUUUGGGGAGACCUUGGAAAGAUAAAAGCUGACAUUAGAAGCAACGUUUCAUAUCAGUUUACAUACAUAACGUGCAGUUAGGGGAGAAGGGGAGAAAAGUGGCAUGAACCAGAGUAACCCCUCACCACUUUGAACUUAUUGAGUUUAGGUGCUGUAAAUAUCAAACCAUUAGGCAGACUUGAGCAAUAAAUUGAGUAUUCACAGUGGCAAUUAGUGAAAAAGAGUAUAAAUGCUGUCUUGUGUGGGUGUUCUUAUCAUGGCUGCAGCCUGCAAGCUGUGGUUAUAGCAAAGGUCAGGGAUUCAUGUAUAUGGAGGGAAUCAUUUAUGAGAAUAUUAGAUUAUGGGCCGGAUUCAUCUCCUAAACUGGAUUAGGUAAUAAAAGAGCCAGCCGCCUCUGAGGCCCAUGUGGAUGUGCUGAGUCAGAGCUCUCCGCACACAUACUCAAACACACAUCAACACAGAUACAUUUGUAGAUACAACCACACACACCAGUUCUCUACCGCCUUUCUCUGUUCCUGUUUCUCUUCACCUGAGUCUCUCGUGUGGGUAAUUAUAGCCUGUCAUGGGGCGUUACCUUCUAGUACAGACAAAAUGAUGUGCCUGAUGCUUGCCUACAAUUUAUUUGGGGAAAUGUGCUUUUAUAACCCAAGUUGCACCUUAGCACAGGGACUGUAGAUGCAAAUGCAAUAACUGUUUUUCUAUCAUAGUUUAUUCCAAUCCCUCUAAAGGCAGAAGGGGUGGUGGCAAUUUUAUACCUGUAUCUUCAACUAUUUUAACUUCCUCAAACCCUGCUUUGCCUCAAUUGUUUGAUGUUCAACCAUUUGACAUUCAUUUUUAUCUUAAAGGGUGUUUGAACUCCGCAGUGAGGAUAUGGUCUGAUAAGGAAUAAUUUGCCUUCUAUGCUUUUAAAGCUAAAUUGAGCUUCUCCAACCUAGGCAUCCUUCAUCACUUCUACACCUCAGUGACAUCCAGCAGGCAUCCAUUUUAAGCUAAAUGUACUAGAACAAGACAUAUACAUAAAUGCUGAAUGUCCCCUUUUCUCCUCUUCUCUGGGAGCAGAGGGAGUAAUGGGAUGAGAGAUCACAAAUUCAGCAGCACCACUGUUCGAACUUUUUUUGACCUGCUUUUCAAGAGGCCUGCUUGCUGUGGCUUGCAGUGGUUCCGACAUUGAAAUGUCAAAGCCAUUAUCUCAAAUUACAAUGGCGGAGGAUGCGUUUAGUGGCUGUUUAACCGUGCAACACUCCCCACUAUGCAGACAAUCAUUUGGAAGAGGCUGCAAAACCCACCCUGCUCUCAGGCUGCUCUUUAAACACUUGGUCAUUUUAAUAUCGCAGGUUGCAUAAGACAUUACAUUAUAUGGCAAGACCUUGCAUGUGAUUAACUUCCUGCCGGGGUGAUGGAAAAGAGAUUGUGGCCAUUUUGGACUUUUAUUUUACUUGUGGGUCUCGGGAGAACUGUGUUUGUGGCUACUUCAAGGAAUAUUUGACAUUUUGUCAAAAACACUUAUUUGAAAAUUUGUAAAGUUAAAUGUGAAAAUAGAUACCAUUGUCAAGUCUUUAGAGUGAACAUGACGCUAUGGUCAGCAGCCAGUCAGCUAUGACGAAUGGCUGUCCACCGACGGUCCCCUUACAACCAGACAGAGCUUUAGAGGAUCUGCAGAGAAAAAUGGCAGGAAAUACCUGAAUUCCAGGUGCGCAAAACUUGUUGCGUCAUACACAAUAAGACUCGUGGCUAUAAUUGCUGCCAAAGGUGCUCCAACUUAGUACUGAGUCAA